AUGCCAUUGUCUCACGCUGCUAGGAUUCCGUUUUUGAAAGAGUACGGUAUGUACGCAAUUUCUAAGAAAACCUUCAAGCUCUCACAACUUAUUUACAAGAACUCAGGUCUUCAAAGAAUGAUGUGCAGAGACAGAGGUUACUGCUCCAAGAACUACAUAUCCAGCUACAAGUAUGGAAAAAAAGUUGCUAGAAAGUUGGUGGAAGUGGAGGCUUUGCAAAGCAAGGGAGUUUUUGAAGAGGUGGUAGCAGAAAGCUUAACUACAGCUCUAGUCGAUGUGAUACCUAGUGAGCCAACAGUGGGCAUGGAGCCAAUUUUUUAUGAGGUUUGGAGACACGUUGAAGAUGAACAAGUGGGAAUGAUUGGCUUAUAUGGAAUGGGAGGGGUGGGGAAGACCACCCUCCUUACCCAGAUCCAUAACAACUUCAACCGCACUCGUAGUGAUUUCAAUCUUGUGAUCUGGAUUGUGGUAUCCAAGGGCCACAAAAUUGAAGUUAUUCAAGAUAAGAUUGGUGAAAAGAUUGGGAUGUCUAGUGCUGAAUGGAAGCAUAAAGAGCAGCGUGAAAAAGCUAAAGACAUCUUCGGAAUCUUGAACACAAAGAAGUUUUUGUUAUUAAUGGAUGAUUUAGGGAAGCGGGUUGAAUUAACCAAAGUAGGGGUUCCAACUCCUGAUAGUCGGAACAAGUUCAAGAUAGUUUUCACAACUUGCUCUGAGGGGGAGAAGGUUGGGAAAGAAACACUUCUUCUUCAUACAGAUAUCCCCAAGCAUGCUGAAGAUGUGGCGAAGGAGUGUGGCGGUUUGCCACUGGCACUCAUCACAGUGGGCAGGGUCAUGGCCUGCAAGAAAACACCCCAAGAGUGGAAGCAUGCAGUUCUAGUCCUGAGAAGAUUUUCCUCUGAGUUUUCAGAAAUGGAAGAUAAGGAGGAUGUAUUAGAUGAAUAUGGUAAUGUAGAGGAAGCCAAAAAUAAGAGUUACCAUAUCAUAGGAACUCUUCUUACCUCAUGUUUGUUGGAAGAUGAAGGAAAUUCAGUAAAAAUGCAUGAUGUAAUUUGUGACAUGGCAUUGUGGUUAGCUUGUGACCUUGGGAAAGAAGGUGAGAACAUCCUUGUGGAUACAGGUGCUUAUCAUGCACCAAAUGUUGUGAAAUGGAAGAACGCGAAAAGGGUUUCAUUGAUGGGUAGUAGUGGUAUCAUAUCUCUAGAUGAAACACCAAGAUCUCCCAAUCUGUUGACCUUAUUUCUCAUAGGAAGAUUUUUAAAGAGGAUUGUGGAUGACUUCUUUGAUUUCAUGCCUACGCUACGAGUUCUGGAUUUAUCUGAAAAUUUCAAUAUAACUCAACUGCCAACUGGAGUUGCAAAGCUCGUUUCAUUACAACAUCUGAAUUUGUGCAGUACAGGCAUAAAAUGGUUGCCGGUGGAGUUAGCAGCAUGUGCACGCCUAAAGUAUUUGAACUUAGAGUUUACAUAUAGUCUUGAUUAUGUUCCACCAAAUAUAUUAUCAAAUUUCCCGAGGCUUAAAGUUUUGAGAAUACUACAAUGUGUCGUAGGAGGUACCUCUUGUUUCCAGAAUUUGGACAGCCACCACAUAUUAGUGACUUGCACUCUAACUUUAUGCCUCAUGGGCAAGGAUUUCUGGAACCCUUCAAUCUAUCUUGAUUUAUCACCUCUGGUGAUGGCAAAUAUGAAAUACCUUGAUACCCUUCAAAUUAAAAAUAUGGCGGAUGUGUACUCUAUGUGGAUACCACGUCUGGAAAAUCCGAAUUGUUUCCUUGGUCUUCAGUUCGUAGAAGUAGUACGUUGCACGAAUCUCAAGAACCUGGAAUGGCUCGUUCUUGCUCCAAAUCUCAUCCACUUGUAUGUAUAUGGCUGCUUUGAAAUGACUACAAUACUCGGUUUGAACACAACGGAAACUACCCCACUUGCGAAACUCACUGUUUUGCUUUUGGGCGCACUACCCCACUUGCGGAGAAUAUGCGAAAAUCCCUUGCCCGUUCCAUUUCUGAAGGAAAUCCGUUUAUUUGGAUUUCCAGUGUUCACUAGGCUGCCUCUCAACUCUAGCAACGCUCAAACAAAGCAGCAUGAAAAAGCUGAGGACAUCUUCAAAAUCUUGAACACAAAGAAGUUUGUGUUAUUAAUGGAUGAUUUAUGGGAGCCGGUUGAAUUAACCAAAGUAGGGGUUCCAGCUCCUGACAGUCGGAACAGAUUCAAGAUAGUUUUCACAACUCGCUCUGAGGAGGUAUAUGGUCAUAUGGAUGCCCAUAAGAAGAUUAAGUUGGGGUGUUUGACUUGGGACAAAGCAUGGAACUUGUUUCAGGAGAAGGUUGGGAAAGAAACACUUCUUCUUCAUCCAGAUAUCCCCGAGCAUGCUGAAAUUGUGGCGAAAAAGUGUGGCAGUUUGCCACUGGCACUCAUCACAGUGGGCAGGGUCAUGGCCUGCAAGAAAACACCCCAAGAGUGGAAGCAUGCAGUUCAAGUCCUGAGAAGACUUGCCUCCGGGUUUUCAGGAAUGGGAGAUAAGGUAUUCCCUCUUUUAAAAUUCAGUUACGAUAAUUUACCAAGUCAGAAAGUUAGAUCAUGUUUCUUAUACUCUGCUCUGUUUCCGGAAGAUUUUGUUAUACUUAAAGAUGACUUGGUAUGUUUUUGGAUGUGUGAGGAUAUAUUAGAUGAAUAUGGAGAUUCAGUAAAAAUGCAUGAUGUAAUUCGUGACAUGGCAUUGUGGUUAGCUUGUGACCUUGGGAAAGAAGGCGAGAGCAUCCUUGUGGAUACAAAUGCUUAUUAUGCACCAAAUGUUGCGAAAUGGAAGAACACGAAAAGGGUUUCAUUGAUGGGUAGUGGUAUCAAAUCUCUAGAUGAAAUACCAAGAUCUCCCAAUCUGUUGACCUUAUUUCUCAGAGGAACUUUUUUAGAGAGGAUUGUGGAUGAUUUCUUUGAUUUCAUGCCUACGCUACGAGUUCUGGAUUUGUCUCAAAAUGUCUUUAUAACUCAACUGCCAACUGGAGUUGCAAAUCUAGUUUCAUUACAACAUCUGAAUUUGUCCUAUGCAUGCAUAAAAUGGUUGCCGGUGGAGUUAGCAGCAUGUGCACGCCUAAAGUAUUUGAACUUAGAGCAUACACUUCUGCUUGAUUAUGUUCCACCAAAUAUAUUAUCAAAUUUCCCGCCGCUUAAAGUUUUGAGAAUACUAGAUUGUGGUUCUUCUAACCGAGUUUUUUUUUAUAAUGAAAAAACCAUGAUAGACGAACUGCAGGGUUUGAAACACCUUGACGUCUUGUCUUUGACGAAAGGAGAUACCUCUUGUUUCCGGAAUUUGGACAGCCACCACAUAUUAGUGACUUGUACUCUAACUUUAUGCCUCAAUGGCGAGGAUUACAUGAACCCUUCAAGCUAUUUUGAUUUAUCAUAUGUGGCGAUGGCAAAUAUGAAAUACCUUGAUACCCUUCAAAUUAAAUAUAUGGUGGAUGUGUACUCUACGUGGAUAACAUAUCUGGAAAAUCCGAAUUGCUUCCUUGGUCUUCAAUUCAUAGUAGUAGUAAAUUGCACGAAUCUUAAGAACCUGGAAUGGCUCGUUUUUGCUCCAAAUCUCAUCCGCUUGCAUGUAUAUCGCUGCUCUAAAAUGACGAGAAUACUCGGUUUGAACACAACGAAAACUACCACAUUUGCAAAACUCACUGUUUUGUGUUUGAGCAGACUACCCCUGCUUCAGACCUGUAAGUGA